AUGGACUUUAUCACGGCUUUACCUCGUUCUCAUCGUAAGUUCGAUUCCAUAUGGGUGAUAGUCGAUAGGCUCACAAAAUCAGCUCAUUUUCUACCGGUCAGAUCUACAUACACAGCAGAAGAUUAUGCAAACUUAUAUAUUAAAGAGAUAGUGCGACUACAAGGAGUGCCAAUAUCUAUUAUAUCAGACCGUGGGGCCCAGUUUACAGCACAUUUUUGGAGGUCAUUUCAAAAAGGUCUAGGAACUCAGGUGAAUCUCAGCACAGCUUUUCAUCCACAAACUGAUGGACAAGCCGAGCGCACAAUUCAGACGCUCGACGAUAUGUUACGAACAUUGCUACGGAAGUGCAUUGGUGAUCCUACCCGAGUGGUGCCCACAGAUGAUGUACAAAUUACAAAGGACUUGUCAUACGAGGAAAUUCAGGUUGCCAUCCUAGACAGACAAAUCCGCAAGCUACGAAAUAAGGAGAUAGCAUCCGUGAAGGUUUUAUGGAGAAGCAAAAAGGUGGAAGAGAUAACAUGGGAAGCAGAGGAAGAAAUGAAGUCUAAAUACCCCCACCUAUUUCAAACUGAAGAUAUAGCUCGAGGUGGGAUACCUCAGCACAGCCCUAUUCAGGCCAGUAGGUUCUCCUGGUGGUUUCAGUCUAGUGUAUGGAGGAGACUCUGGCAAAAUUUUUUCAAGAGUGAAAAAUGCGCGAAGUUAGCGCGAAGUCGCGCUAGUCUAGAAGCUGGAGGCAGAAUGUCAGGAAAAAUGCGCGAGCUCUAG